GCUGCUAUAGAUGCCACUCAUGCCAAACUAGAGACACUCUUGCAUUGAUGAGGCCACAAGUUUCCGCAUCUCGACUUCUUUUUCUGCUCGCUCGAACAUCAACACAUAGAGGCCAGUCUCUCGCUGAAGGAUUUCAAGGGGCGGGAUGCUGUCAAUGAUUCUCGCCGAUUCCGACGAACUGUACGGAUCUCGAUCUCCAGACAGUAAAGAUGCGGGAGAGUAUACGGGGAGUGAAAAUAUGCCUUUAUCGUGUCGCUAUCACAAUACUGUUGUCUUUCCGAUGCGCAAAAGCAGCAUUUUGAAGAUGUGGUCUAACCAGAAGUACCACACCGACACAUCACUAUUAGCCAUGUUCAACUCGUUCGCAACGACCAAAGCUGCAGUCCGGACAUACGUCAUGACCUGAUCACGGCAAUCUUAAGGAUGUCCCUCAAAGCACUCCACGUUAAUCAGUAACAUGGCUUUCCCAGAUA